UUGACUUGGUAUUGAUCAGCCAAGUAAACCUUUCAAACUUCCAUGACUCCAACUACAUCCGUAUAGAAACUUCCAAGCUCCAUUUUCAAACGAAGUCAUUAAAUACCAGAACACCGACUUCUCUCUCCUCCUUGUUUCCUCUUCUUUCUCCAAACUGAUUGUUGCUCUGCCUGUGUUCAACAUGGCUUCAUACAAUUCCAUCGCGCUGCUUGCUAUCUUUCUUGUUUUCCAACCUUGGACUGCUGCAAGCAACAUUCUAUCUCCUACUCUGUCUCCUAUCUUUGAUGAUGUGUGCAAACAUGUGGAGUGUGGAAAAGGGACUUGCAAACCUUCACCCAACAACACUUGGUUCUAUGUGUGUGAAUGUCAUCCUGGGUGGAAGCAAACUCGUCCUCAAGAUGAUGAUGAUCUCAAGUUUCUCCCUUGUGUAAUCCCCAAUUGUACCCUCAACUACUCUUGCACAGAAGCUCCAUCUCCUGUUCAGGAGAAAGACAAGCAAGCUAACACAUCAUUCUUUGAUCCCUGCCACUGGGCCGAUUGUGGGGGAGGCAUGUGUAACAAGACAUCAGCAUUCACGCAUACAUGUCAGUGUAACGCUGGUUACUACAAUCUACUCAAUGUCACUGCUUUCCCAUGCUUCAGGGACUGUGCACUUGGACUGGACUGUGAAAACCUUGGGAUUUCAGGUUCGAACAAAUCAACUUCUUCAGACCCGAGUUUUGCUGAUGACGUUAAAAACCAAGCCAGCUCAAUCACACAAGGUAACAACUGGUUGAUUAUUUUCUCAAUGUUAAUGGCUCCGAUUCUUUGGAAAUAUAGCGCGUAGAAGGUGAUGUUUCACCUCACAUUGCAGAGUUGAUCUGUUUUCCACCAUUGUUUUGUCACCUUUGUUACCAUUCAAUACCCUAUGCUCUGCUCUUUGUAGAGUUUUGGUGUUUUUAUGUACAUAGUGAGGUUUUAUAAAUAAAUAGCCAUGUAUACAGAGUUUAGGGAUGACCUUAGAUGUUACAGUUUUAUAAGACAGACAGACAUACAUGAGCACAUUUACAUGAGCUACUACUAUAUAUACUUGUUUGUGGAUAUCACCUGGACAAACUUUAUAUCUAGAUGUCAGGGGUUCAACCCUCGUUGGUGACUCUCAAACUUAAUUGAUACUUAUAGUUUACGGGUGAUUGUAAGUAUUUAGGGAUUGCUCUCGCAAAGACGGGUCCAAAAUAGUCCAGGUAUAAGAUGUUCCUUAUUAGUAG